GGUCACAGGGAGGGGAGAGAGAGAGAGAGAGAGGCUGAGUGAGUGCAUUCUGUGUCCUGGGACCCUGUUUACUUAACAUUCCCAGCCAAGGAAGCCCUGGUUUAAACAGGAUUGCGGAUGCAGCCUGUCCAUUACAGAUGAGGAAAUUAUUAUUCUGCGAUUCUAGAAAUUCCUUUGUUUAAGCCCCUAGCGUGGAUUAUGAGAAUGCAGAAUGCCUUUCCUUUUGGGCCUGCGGCAGGACAAAGAGCCCUGCAUAGGAAUCAACAAUCAAAGCUACAUCUGUGAAACAGGCCACUGCUGUGGACAGUCUCAGUGCUGCAAUUACUAUUAUGAACUCUGGUGGUUCUGGCUAGUAUGGACGAUCAUCAUCAUACUGAGUUGCUGCUGUGUCUGCCAUCAUCGGCGCGCCAAACACAGACUUCAGGCACAACAACGGCAGCAUGAGAUUAACCUGAUUGCCUAUCGUGAAGCUCAUAACUACUCCACCCUGCCAUUUUAUUUCCGAUUUUUGCCAAAUUAUUUACUACCUCCCUAUGAGGAAGUGGUGAACCGACCUCCGACCCCUCCCCCACCAUAUAGUGCCUUACAUCAGCAAUGCGUUCCACCUGGCGGCGGCAGUGCAGCACCAGAUACAAGAAACCUACAGCCAGCCCAUACAGGCUCUCUGUCAGGAGCAGGAAGCAAUAAUGGAAACACGGACAGCACUGCCUCCUCCAGCACCGGGAGCCCCGAAUCGUCCACCCUGCUAGCUGAGCGAUCAACCACCAAAGCAACAAGUGGCGAGCGAAGGAACUCCAGCAGUGGGGCAGAGUUGGAAGAGACGGCCAACCACGCGCCCUCUUCCGACAAGGAGUCAGAGUGCAAGGAGGAACUGCUUAAGGAUUACAACUCGGAAAGCUUAGACCACAACAACGCCUUCUCCGAUGCUAAAGACAAGACGCCGGGCAGACACCGAAGGUUCACCGGUGACUCGGGCAUUGAAAUCUGCAUCUGCAACCAGGGCCACCACGAUGGUGAUCUCAAGGAGUUGGAUGGGUUCAUUGAUGAUGGGCCCAUGGACUUCUGCGAUAGCUGCAGUGGCCACCCUCCCCAUGGAGAUGAGGAAGAAGGGCUUUUCAAUGCCCCGGAUGAGCAACAUCAAGAGCACAGCCACCACCACCUCCCCCGGCAGCCUGUUUGUGUGCUCCUGAACACCAUAAACGAACAGGACUCGCCAAACUCUCAUACCAAUACCUCCCCCAGCUAAAAUAAGCAAAGCGAGAAGGGAUAUUCUACAAAAGGAUAAACAUGACUUCAGCCAAAAACAAGUUGGUUCAGCUUUUUCUUCAGAUGUAACUUUGGGAAUAACCCCUAAAUAAUAGGUAUGGAGGAAGGGGCAGAAGCUUCUGGGCUUCCCUGCCUCCCGCCCCCCCUUUAAUUGCCUCCAUCUGGUUAGGGUUUAGGAUUAAGAGUGAGAUCAUUUUUAUACAUAUAACAAACGAGAGAAAAACUUUUCCUAUUGCUGAUUUUGGUGACGGUUUACUUGGUUGGUUGUUUUCUUGAAGGUUUUCAAUACCUGCUUUAUUUUAUUAUCAGAAAGACUUAACUUGACCCUGUGAGAACAAGGAGUGCUCAUGUAUCUCUCCCCCCUCCCUCCUCUUUCCCAGGCGUCUUCCCAGAAGCCAGUGGCAUUUGAGGGCGCUGGCGGUUUGCCCGGUCAGUGCCAUUGAGGGGUUAAAAUGAAUCCCCAGAGAGAUGUGGGUGGGCUUUGGGGUUUUUUUCCUGAAUUGAUACAGUGCUGUACUCUCUGGUGCAUUGUUGGUUAGAGCAACCCGUAGGACUUUUUCCCCCCUCUUGAAGCUGGUGACUAUAAAGGACCAGUUUCUUCCAGAAAAAAAACAAACUGCUAGCCUGAAACAUAGCAGUUUAUGCAAAAAGCGGGUUGUGGAUGGUGACUUUAAUUUUAUUUUUAUUUGGGGGAAAAAGAAAGGCAAAUGUAUUCCUUCAGUUGAUGACUAUGAGUUGAGACUCCUGGCAGAGGACCUGCCUUUUUCCAGUACUGUGGUCUCUAAAUCUCAUUCAAUAGGUGUGCUACAAUGCAACAGAACAGGGACUUUGCAACUUUAGGCCAGCACGCUAGUUAAAAUGACAAAACCAAACAAAACCAAACACACACAACAGGGCUGUCUUUUUGGCCAGCGUGCCUUCAGGUUUCAGCGAUGCUUGUUGAACAAAUGGAGGCAAGAACUCCAUCCACUGCAAAAGGAUAACUUGCAGCUUCGAUGUGGAAGACCUGUGCAGUAUUUUUCUUUUUUCUUUCUUUCUUUCUUUUUUAGUCCACAAGUUUAGCAUGAUCCUAAUGGUGACCACUUAAAAGGAUAGAGUGUCUGUGUUUCUCUCUCUUGAUAGCGGCAACAGGCUACUGUAUAACGUCUGUGAGUGUGUAUGUGUGUCUGACUGCAGUACAUGCAUGUGUGUUUCCUACUGGUGAUACGAAACUUGCUGCUGUAAGACUGCAAAAACAAAACAGAAAAGACUGUUGCUUUGCUUUAAACAAACAGUGGAGCUUUUGUUAGUAACAACCCCAAGGGGGAAGGAAAAGAAACAAACUGAAGCAGCUGAAACUAACAUUCCCUGGAGCGUUCCUGUGGAAGAGUGCAAGCCUUGGUUUCUAUAUUAGGUGUGAUAGAGAUUUGUUUUCCCAUUUCUUUAAUUACGGUUGUCUGGGUCAUUUAUGUCAUAAAAUGGACUUUCAGAUUUGAUUGCUUGAAACCAAAAUCAGUUUGAAAUACGAUGUAAGCCCAAAUAUAAUGCCUUUUUUCUGAUAA